AGCUAACAAGCAAGCUAACCAAAGAUAUUACCUUUCACUACACACUCAAUGGAAUCUGCUGUAAAGAUAUUUUUAACGUUAACCAUAAUAUUGAUUUGUCACUCCUUUAAUAGACGUUGAAUUUUAAAGAUUUGGUUUCGAAAUAUGAAAACUUAAUGAACAUGACAUCAAUUGGGAAUUCCAAGUCUUUGGUGUUUUCCAAAUACUUUCCUAAUCAUGCAGGAGGAUUUGAUCCUAGGAAAGUUUACAAUGCAGAGGUAUAUCCGUCAAUCUCAGGAACAAAGAAGCAAUCAAAGUCAGUCCAAGUUAGUCUUGAUUCACCAAAGGAAAGACAACUCAAUUUAUCUAUUCAGAAGCAGGAAGGGAUAGAUAUUCCACCUGAAGUUGAAGUGACUCAACUAGUGAUCCUUCAAAAGCAACCAUUGUCUGUGCCAUCUGAGCCUUCAUCGCCUGUGCAAUCUGAGCCUCCAUCACCACUGCCGCCAACUGAACCGCCUCUUCCAUCACCUCAGACGCCCAUAACAGAUGCAUUUGAAAUAUGGAAAAAUAUCAGCAAAUUAGGGGAACCAAGAAUUAUAAUAUCAUUGAUUGGCGCUUACAAUGAGUUAAUUCCAACGUAUAAAUGGAAACACCAGCUGCUGUUAAAGGAGGCACUUACUCAUGUUGCAAGAUAUGCAGGAAGAUGUGGAUUUCUUUACAAAGAACAGGAUAUUAGUAUUGCAAAGACAAUCAUCAGGGAUACAUGUAGUUGUCAUAUUGAAAGUUUACCACAGUUAAAGUAUGGAUACACUUCUAACAUAAUAACAGACGUUACUAAUUCAAUCUCAGGAAAGGUGACAGCAAAAGAAAACAAUCAUAAAGUCGAUUUAACGAAGCUUUUAGAAAUAGAGAAUUACAUCAACACAGAGGGGAGAGUGAAAUUCGAAGAUGUAACUUUGAGAAAAAGGAAUUUGAGUAAUCCAUCUGGGAGUGACAAAGAAAUAAGAGUUCCAGUUGUUUUGUUUGUAAUAAAUGGUGGUUUAGAUACACUGGAACAUGUAAUUAGAGCUAUCUACACAAACAUAUCGGUUGUCGUUGUUAAAGGCACUGGUGGAACAGCUGAUCUUAUUGCCUUGUGUCUUAAAGACAUGACAAAAGUGAAGAAGAAACUACCAGUUAUCUUUGCAAAACGUUUCAAUGAUGACAUGUAUGACAAAAUUGAGAAAAUUCUUAAUCGAAUUGUCGAAAGAAGUUGGAUGAUUUCAAUAUUUAAUGUAAAGAAAAAUAAGCAUAAGGAACUAUGGGAAAAGUUAACGGAUGGCAUAAUGCGAGCAUGGUCAUUUGAAGAGAAAAAAGAUGAAUCUUAUCUGACCACAGAUCUUAUGAACUUAUCCCAAAUAGAUUUUAUUUCUAAGUAUGUCGCUGAAAUAGACAGUUUAUCGAAGAAAGAAUUAUUUGGUGGUUAUGAUAUGCAAACACAGAGUAAAAGUCCAGUUGAUCUUCAGCAUGUUCAGCAUACAUUUGUAAAUGCUUUUCUUGGGAAAAGGACAGAUAUAAUUCAACAAAUACUAAGCAGCAACGAACAUUUUGCAUUAUCUAAAGAACAAUUCACAACAUUAUGUCAGGAGGUAGUAAAGUCACGAACCAGCACACCAGCAGGCAAUGACAAGAACGGAUUUAAAUUACUUGAGAAUGUGCACCCAGAAGCAGUUUCAUAUUUGACAAAUGGCAAAGGAAAAGGUUUUAAAGACACACAAGAUGCCAUUAGGAGCAUAUCGAAUAAACUCCUUCAAGGACUCUGUUUUUCAAAACUUGGGUUGGUAACAUGCUGCAGAAAUUCUAAGAAGUCUGAUGAAAAGGCAUCUAUGCACUUACCGGAGAAAAUUCCUGUUAUUGAGUCAUUGAGAGUUGCAAUAAUGGGGAACAAUGUUGAACUAGCAGCUGAAUUGUGGAGCAACUGUGACAAUCCAAUGCUGACUGCUCUUGUCUCAAACGUUUACCUCACUGCUAUGGCAAAUAAGGCAGAACAGCUGUUUGAGGAAACACUUCAAGCUGAUAUGUUAUCUCAUUCUAGAAAAUUUACCUCGCGUGCAGUUAAACUUUUAGACAAAAUGUUUAUUUACAAGGAAACAAUGGCAACUAAGGCUCUUGACUAUGUUUCCGAAGUUUGGGAUCAUAAAGAAAGUCCUUUACAUUUCGGACAUCAAUUUAACAUGGAAGAAUUUAUAUCUCAUCCAUCUGCGCAGAAAGAUGCCAGUAAACGAAUGUUUCCUUACGUCAAUGAGGAGGACACUACAGUAACUAUGAACAAACCAACGGAGGGAAAUAAUACAAAGAAUGUCAAAAGUCGGGAAUGUUUGCCAUAUAUAAAGGACCAUCUUCACCUGGAUUCUGCAUGGACAUUAUUAAAAGCACCUGUUACAAAGCUUUUUAUCCACGUUGUAUUUUUUGUUACGGCUUUGGUUAUGUUCAGCUAUUUUCUAACCCGUGAUCUACAAGCAAAGAUUUCGAUAUUAGAAGGAAUGAUAUUCUUUUAUAUUGUUGGAGAUUUUUUGGAGGAAUUAUGGAGUAUGAUUCGACCGGAAGAUUGUUCCUGGUCUUUUCAAAGAGUAUUGCUGCAUUUGUUUGACAUAUGGAACAUUUUGGAUUUUGCAUGCUUCAUUUUAUACAUCGUCGGCUUUGGUUUACACUAUUAUUAUCCUGAUUUGCUUGUGCAUACUAGACGAAUCUACAGCGUGGCUUUGUUCCUAAUGUUUCUACGUUUGUUAAAUUUGUUACUUCUGAUCAAACGAUUUGGAAUUAUCAUUAUAAUGAUCAAAGAAAUGCUUGUGGAUCUCGUUGAAUAUUUAGUGAUUCUAAUUAUACUGAUGUUCGCCGCUGGUAUAGUUUACCAGGCAAAUAUCUACCCAAAUCAUACAGUUACAGCGUUUCCAAGAGAUAUACAGAACUGGCAAAUUUGGUCAAUCCUAAAAAUACCUUAUUGGCAGGUCUACGGAGAGUUGAAUUUGGAUGUUUUAGAAGCUUCAGAUGAUACUGGAUGCACAACUAAUAGUACAUUAUGGGAGAACGAUCCGUCCGUAAACAGAUGCCCGACAUCCGACUGGCUUCCCCCAGUAAUAGCCGCUACCUAUAUGAUGUUAACGAACUGGUUGCUGCUAAAUAUUGUUAUCGCGAUGUUUAGUGCACGAUUUGAUUUGAUAAAGACAAAAUCCAGUCAGAAAUGGCGUUACCAUAGACAUUCGGUAGUAAUUGGAUACGAACAUAAGAUACCAUCACCACUGAACAUUCCGUUUAGAGUUCUCAUUGUUCUCUUUUAUGUUAUGUGUUAUCUUCCUUUUUACUUAUGCGAUGAGUGUACAGAGGAAAACAUUCAAGGUCAUGGUAUUGAAGAAAUGCUACAGCGGCAGCGAGAAUUCGCUCGAGUCAUAUUAGAGGAGGAAAAGGACGAGGAACUCAUUUAAUAACAUGUAAAAUAAGAAUUUUUGAAAAUUGUUUGUACGUCUUAGUUGAUCAUUCGUUGAAUUUAGCAUUAUUAGCAUGUUUUACAUUAUACCACGCUUUUUACGUUAUGAGAAGUAAUCAUAUACCAUUAUUGCACCUACAUUUGAUUAAUAAUUUUCAGUGGACAUCCUCUAAACUCCAUUAUGUAAGUUACAUUGAUAAUGUAAACUCUGGGCGAACGAAACUUAAGACUCUUAGAGUGAACAGAUUUUUGUUGGAAGUGGGGGGGGGGGGGGCGACUUUUUUCAGAUCAUACAACAACGUAUACUUUUAUGUUUAAGAGAAUUUGUAUGGUUAAGUAUUUAAUGAAAGCAGAAACUAUGUAGUUUCUUGCUGAUAUUGGUAUUUACAGUAAAUGUACAAUAUCUAAAGAUUUAAAAACUUAAUUCUUCUUAGCAUAUAAGCAAUACAAUUCAACGUAUCAGAAUUUCCGAAUAUUCUAUUACUAGGAUAAUUUCGCUUUUACAAAAAUGCAUACUACAUACAUUCGCAAAGAAACGAGAAAAGUAAAGGUAUGUAAAUAGAAACUUUUACAUUCCAGAAAAAAAAUAUAUACAAUCUAAGUUUCAGUUUUAAUCAAGCAUUUACCUAAAAAAAUAACAAAUUGAAUGUGUUCCCACUAGUCAUUUGAAGAUUACGGUUGUCGUCGUUUUUUUUUUAUUAUUUAUUAUUGUCUAAAACCAUGUGUAACUGUUUCCAUAUUUUUCCAUAUCCAUGAAUGACCCUUCGUUAGGGAGGGUUUACCAUGUUUUGAUAUACAUUUAUAUAUUAACUGAUUCAUUGUAAAGGCAGAUCGUUUUUAAUAUCAAGCGAUAUCCAAUUCUCACUCGUUAUGAAACCUUUAUUAUAGCAUUGUUGUUUUAUACUUUUACCUUUUUAUAGAUUACUAUGACAUAUUUAUCCAUAUUGGCAUGCAUAGUUUAACCUGUUUUAUGUAAAUCUGUUAUGUUGCAUAAUGAUUUUUAUCAAUUUUGUUUUUAUGUCAUACAUGUACACAAAUGUAUACUUAUUUUAUUAAAAGAACAUUGUUUACUUAUGACAAGUGUGUUGUGGACCGCGAAAAUCUUGUUAUUUAUUUUUAGAAUACCCUGAUUAAUUGAUCUGUUCGUGUCUGUUCAAUAAUUAUUUACAAUUGUGACUCUUUUCAUCGAUAAGAAAACUUAUGAAUAAAAAAUGUAUUUAGCCAA